AUGGAUAAAAAGCCAUGCAACUCUCAAGAAGUUGAAGUGAGAAAAGGACCAUGGACCAUGGAAGAAGAUUGGAUUCUCAUCAACUACAUUGCCAACCAUGGUGAAGGAGAUUGGAAUAAUCUUGCUAAAGCAGCGGGGUUGAAGCGUACCGGAAAGAGUUGUCGACUCCGGUGGUUGAAUUACCUUCGUCCAGACGUCCGAAGAGGCAAUAUCACUCCAGAAGAACAAUGCUUGAUCAUGGAACUGCAUGCUAAGUGGGGAAAUAGAUGGUCGAAAAUAGCAAAGCAUCUGCCUGGAAGGACGGAUAAUGAAAUAAAAAACUAUUGGAGGACGAGAAUCCAGAAACACAUUAACAAGCAAGCAGAAAUAUGCUCCUCUCAGAGUAAUUCUGACUUACUUGCUCAUCAAGCAAGCACAAGCCAAUUGCCUUGCAAUAGUACUACAAAUUUCAUGGAAACAUACUCUCCGACAUCAUCAUCAUUUAACCAUUUCAACAUUGAAGCAUUUCCAGGACAACAACACACAGUUGAUCAAUCAAAUUAUGAAAGCUGUUGGAGCAUGGAGGAUAUAUGGUCCAUGCAGUUGCUUAAUGGCGACUAAACAUUAAGAUUAAGUACAUUUCCUUCGCAUGGCUCCGAGUUAAUUUUGCUUAAUUUGGAUUAAUCUAAUCUCUAUAUGGUUGAGGUUGAGAAAUUGUACUUGGCAUUUUCCAUAUGA